GCUCACCACCAUCGCUGUAUAGCUCGAGAAUUCAUGGCUUUCCCUCUCACAAUCUCUUUCACUGCCAAAACUAAAGAAGAAGAAGAUCGACAAAAGCAAAUGUACAAAAGGUAUGAUGAACUCAUCCUAACUCUUCCAGCAUACACACAAAAUUCAAUUAUGCUUCCCGAAUCCAUCAAAGAUUCACCAUCGGAGGAAAAGCUGCGCCAGUACCGUCAGUACAAAGGCUUCUGGUUUUGGCCGGAUAUGAUGCUCCCGGGAUUCAUGGCAGCAAAAGACCACUUCAUUCCUCGUCCAAGUGACAUCCUCAUAUGCACACCACUCAAAGUUGGCACAACUUGGCUCAAAGCCCUUGCCUUCGCCACCUUGAACCGCAACGACCAACCAUGCAAACAGAGCUUGCUUCUAUCUCACAACCCUCACGACUGCGUCCCGAACUUGGAGGUCAUUCUUUAUGGUAGAAAAAGGUUGCCGGAUCUCACUGUUGUCCCAUCUCCGAGACUUCUAAGCACCCACGUUCCCUACCAGUUGUUCCCUACUUCAUGGCUUAGUUCUGGGUGUAAGUUUGUUUUUCUCUGUAGGAACCCUAAAGACACCUUUAUCUCUUACUGGCACUAUCUUAAUAAGCUUAUAGAAGACGUGAAUCAUAAGCAGUCUCUUGGCGAUAUGUUUGAUGCCUUUCUGAAAGGGGUUCACUUGAAUGGGCCACUUUGGGAUCAUGUUUUGGGGUUCUGGAAUGCCAGCCUAGUGAAUCCUGAUAAGGUUUUGUUCCUGAAGUAUGAGGAGUUGAAGAGUGAUACUGCUGUUAAUUUGAAGAAGCUGGCUGAGUUCAUGGGUUGUCCAUUCACUGAGGAAGAGGAGAGAGAUGGUGUCUUAGAGAAGAUAUUGGACAUGUGUAGCUUUGAGAGUUUGAGAAAUUUGGAGGUGAAUAAGACCGGAACUAUGCCGCUUAAACUAAGCCACGAUAUCGGCAACGAGGUGUUUUUCAGAAAAGGCGAGGUUGGUGAUUGGGUUAACUUUUUGACUCCAGAGAUGGCUCAACGACUCGACCAGGCAAUGGAACAGAAAUUCGAGGGCUCUGGUUUAUCCUUCAAAGAAUGAACCAUGCAUGCUCACCUUGCAACUGCCAACCUAUCUAUCUAUCUAUCUAUCUAUCUAUCUAUCUAUAUGCAAGUUUCAUAAUUGUCUUUCUUCUGAUCGACCAUGUUUCGACAUAUAAUCAAAAUAAAGAUAUUUCUUUUA